AUGUUGCCAAGAUGUCGAAGGAGGAUUCCAUUUAUUACUGGAACCCUUUUCCUCUUCACCACUGUUCUCAUCUUCAUGAUGAUACAGGACUUUCACUCCUUCCCUGCUAGCAGGCAUGAUAUGAACCCUUCAGAUAGAAACCUUUAUAAGGACAGCAGAGUUGAUGCUGGAACUGCUUUUGCUGCGAUGAGGGAGGACCCACUUGAAGAUGGUAGAUAUGAAGCUGAUGAUGUGAAAGAAAAGGAAGCCUUAUCCCCAAGUGAUGAAAAAAAGAACCACAUGAUAGUCAACUAUGAUGUCCACAUUUUCUAUUACCCAUGGUAUGGUAACCCAGAAGUGGAUGGAGACUGGUAUCACUGGAAUCACCAGUAUUUGCCCCAUUGGGAGAAAAAGAGCAACUUGGAUGGUCAAAGGCACCAACCACCUGAUGACAUUGGGGCCAACUUCUACCCGCAGCUUGGCCCCUACAGCUCAGCAGAUGAGAUUACCAUUAGAAUGCACAUGAAACAAAUUCAGAGUGCUGGGAUUGGAGUAGUGGUGGUUUCUUGGUACCCACCUCACAUGGCUGAUCAAGAGGGUAAGGAACCAGAUUCCCUGAUGUCCAAACUACUAAUUGCAGCUGAGGAGCAAAACCUAAAAGUUGCCCUGCAAAUUGAACCCUUCAAAUGUCGGUCAGCAACCACUAUGCGGGAUGCACUUACAUAUGCCUUCCAUACCUAUGGAUCUCACCCUGCAUUCUACAAGACUAGGCGAGGCACCAGAGACCUCCCAGUGAUAUAUAUAUAUGAUUCCUACCUAGUUACAGAUGAGGAGUGGAAGAGGUUAUUAUUGCCAAGUGGGAAUCUUACUGUGCGUUCAACAGAUCUGGAUGCCAUCUUCCUGGGAUUGUUGGUGGAGGCAAGGCACAUUCAGUCAAUCCAUCAAAGUGGCUUUGAUGGAGCAUAUACUUACUUUGCAGCCAAGGACUUCUCAUUUGGAUCAACAUGGGCCCUUUGGGUGCAGACAUCUCGUUCCUUCCAUGCCAAAAAGCUUCUCUUUGUACCAUCUGUGGGACCAGGUUAUAUUGACACAAGAAUUCGACCCUGGAACGGUGUCACCACUCGGCUCCGCAAUGAUGGAGGGUAUUAUAACUCAUCAUGGAGGUAUGCCUUAGGGGCCAGACCUGAUUUUGUUUCUAUCACCUCCUUCAAUGAGUGGCAUGAAGGAUCCCAGAUUGAACCCGCCAUCCCAAAAGAGAUAGAUAGUUUUAGAUAUAUUGAUUACACACCACAAAAGCCUGACUACUACUUACAGCUCACUCGAACCUGGAUAAGUUCGUGGAAUCAAAAGAGAAAAUCAAGAGACUAG